GUGGACAGUCACUAGUCACUCGACAGAGAAGGCAUAUUAAUAAAAAAAUAAAAAGUCAAUUGAAAUUUGUCUAACAAUGUCUUUAAGUAAGUGGUUUGUUCGAGGUUUUAGAAGUUCCGCAGUUUGGCACAGUGCAGUUCAACAAACGCAAUCAUCGAAAGCGGAUUGGUUGAACAGGACUAAGCGUUUCAAUAACACCCUUCAAGAAAUAGUCACUAAUGUGAUGGCUAACGGUGAAGUUGGUAAAACACCAUCACUAGCUAAACGUUUAGUUAAGUUAAUGCAAUAUGAUACGUUAUUAAGAGUGCCUCUACAAGGACACAUGACGAUGAUGGCCUACGAAGUGUUAGAGAAUCCUAUCGACCUUAAUGAGAAGAAUUUAUAUAAAGCGCAAGUUGUGUCGUGCGCCAUGGAAUUGACACAAUCAAAUUUCUUAAUCACGGAUGACUUCGAUGACCAAGCUAAGACACGGCACGGGCAACCGUGUUGGCAUUUGUUGCCUGAAGUUGACAAUCUAAUAAUGAACGACGCCUGCAUGUUCCGAUGUCUCAUAAACGAUAUACUUAAAGCUCAUUUAGAAGGUUCUGUUUACAUUAAAAUGAUAGAUAUAUUUAACAAGAUGAACUUAUUUAUCGCAAUUGGCCAGCACCUGGACACUAUGAUUCCUAAAGCAAAAGAUUAUUCUUUGUUUACACAAGAGAACUAUGAUAAAAUAGUAAGAUAUAAGUGCACGUUCUAUUGCUUAGAAAUGCCAAUAAUGUUAGCUUUAAUUCUAUGCCAAAAAGACGAUGAAGCAACAUUUAAGCGCGUGUCUUAUAUAGUCCGUGACGUUGGCAACUUGUUCCAGAUGAUGAAUGAUUUCACAGACUUUUGUGAAGAGGAGAUUGUAUUUGAUAAAACCGGUACUGACAUACAAGCAGGGAAAUGUACUUAUUUCGCCGUGAAGGCGUUGGAGCGCGCAUCUCCUGAGCAGAAGGAAAUAUUCAAAGCCUCGUACGGCAGCUGGGACCCCGAAGACGUUAGACACAUAAAAAACUUAUACAAUGAUUUAGAUUUAAUUUCCCUUUACAAAGAACAACAUAACUUUAAAUACAACAGGUUUUUGAAAAAUGUUAAUGAAUUACAAUCCGACGAUGUCCUGGCACCAGAAUUGUUCAUAAAAUUGAUGGAGGCUUCCCAACUAAACAAGUGGAAAGUAUACUAACAAUCAGACCUUCUCAGUAAUACUGAAUAAA